CCUAAAUGUCGUCGACACAGCGACACUUCUGGUGAUGUCAUCAGAACGCGCCUCACAGAAAGCUCUUUAAGCGUGGCAGGAUUUUGACUGCAGUCUCCAGAAAAUGUCUCGUCGAUAUGAUUCACGAACAACCAUCUUCUCACCAGAGGGGCGUCUGUAUCAGGUUGAAUAUGCCAUGGAGGCCAUCGGCCACGCCGGCACCUGCCUGGGAAUUUUAGCCAAUGACGGAGUGCUACUGGCUGCUGAGAGGAGGAACAUUCACAAGCUGCUGGAUGAAGUGUUUUUCUCAGAGAAAAUCUACAAGCUGAAUGAAGACAUGGCGUGCAGCGUGGCAGGAAUCACAUCAGAUGCCAACGUGCUGACCAAUGAGCUGAGACUUAUAGCACAGAGGUACCUGCUGCAGUACCAGGAGCCAAUCCCCUGUGAGCAGCUGGUCACAGCUUUGUGUGACAUAAAACAGGCCUACACUCAGUUUGGAGGAAAGCGUCCCUUUGGAGUCUCACUGCUCUACAUGGGCUGGGAUAAACACUAUGGCUUCCAGCUGUACCAGAGUGACCCCAGUGGAAACUAUGGAGGCUGGAAGGCCACCUGCAUCGGAAACAACAGUGCUGCAGCGGUCUCUAUGCUGAAGCAGGACUUCAAAGAAGGAGAGAUGGCACUUUCCACGGCCCUUGCUCUUGCCGUUAAAGUUCUCAAUAAAACCAUGGACGUCAGCAAGCUGUCCGCAGAGAAAGUGGAGAUCGCCACUCUGACCCGCGAGAACGGCAAGACGUGCAUCAAAGUGCUGAAGCAGAAGGAAGUCGAGGAGCUGAUCAAGAAGCACGAAGCAGAAGAGGCCAAAGCCGAGAAAGACAAGAAAGAGAAGGAACAGAAAGAGAAGGACAAGUAGUGCCGCUCCCCACACUUUUCUUGUUUUCUUCUUCUUCUGUGUGUGAGAACGAAUGUGAGUGUGGCUGUAAAAAGUCUUCAGGUAUGUUUGCAAUUGUGUUGUUUCCUAAAAUAAAUCCAGAUGACGAAUAA